AUGAAACUUUUACUUCUUUUUCUUCUUUCCUUUUGCUUCUUAAAAGUUAAUUUAGCAGCAAAUAUCCUCUGUUUAUUCUCAAAACCUGCUUACAGUCAUCAAUUGGUCUACCGCUCAAUUACGGAAAAGCUUCUUGAAGCUGGUCAUAAAAUAACUUUAAUGACAACCCAUCCAAGUGAAAGUGAAAAGCGACAUGUGAAUUUAACGCUUAUUGAUGUGUCAUUUAGUGUAAAGAUUCAUGAAGAGAUUCUUAAAAAGGCUUCAGAAAACAAGGAACAAAGCUUUAAAGAUGUAAUUUACAAUAUGGUUGACUCUGAAGCGUUGUUAGUUGAAGAACAAAUAAAAUCAGAAGGAAUGCAAAAUCUGAUUAAAAAUUCGAAUGCAAAAUUUGAUUUGCUUAUUUUAGAAUCAUCUGGGAUAAGUCCAAUGCAUGCUUUUGCAGAAUUAUUUAACAUUCCUGUUGUUGGAAUUACUUCGUCUGAUGCUACUGCGCCUGGUCAUGAAAUUAUGGGAAAUGUUAUGAACCCAGUCGCUCAUCCUGACAGAAUUCUUCCUUUUACUUCCGCCAAAACUUUCUUCCAACGACUAGGUAGUUGCACGUUGAUGUUGAUGGUAAACUUUUUCAUUAUUCCAAGGGCAGCAAAUAAUUAUGAUGCAAUUGUGGCGAAACAUUUUCCAACUGUUCAAAAAUCUUACAUGGAUUUAGUCAGCAAUGUUGACUUACAAUUGAUCAACGCACAUCCAGCUUUUGGCUUCAUUCGACCAAUUCUUCCGAACACAAUUCAAUUAGGAUUUCUUCAUGUGAAACCACCAAAACCACUUCCAAAUGAUCUCAAAGAUAUUGUAGACAAAUCAAAGCAUGGAGUCAUUUAUAUAAGUUUUGGAACUGUCGUUAAAAUAACUAAAGACGAUGAACAUUUCGUGAAACUCCUUGACGCUUUAAGCGAGCUUCCGUACGAUGUGUUGUGGAAGUUUGAUAACGAACUUCCAAAAUCAAUUCCAAAAAAUGUAAAAUUCAUGACAUGGUACCCGCAGUCAGAUAUUCUCGCACAUCCAAAUGUUAAACUUUUCAUCACUCACGGUGGCCAACAUUCAGUCGAGGAAUCAAUCAUACGACAAGUUCCAAUGGUGAUUUGUCCAUUUCAAGGCGAUCAAUUUGCUAAUGCAGAACGAUCAGUUGAGAGAGGAAUCGCUGAGAUUUUAAAUAUCUAUGAUGAUUUAACUUCGGAACAGAUUAAACGUGUUAUCACAGAAGUUAUCAGCAAUCUGAAUCACCAACAAGUCUUUCGAGCAGUAACUGAAAAGCUACUAGAAGCUGGUCAUUCGAUCACUUUACUCUCUACUCAUCCUACAGAAGGUGAAAGAAAUCACAAGAAUGUUACACUCAUAGACGUCUCAUACACAAUUAAAAUUUUUCGAGAAGCUCUCGAAGUUUUCCAAACAGAAAAACUUUCAAUUCAAGAAGCUGCAAGUAAAAUGAAAGACAUGGAAGUGUCUAUGAUAACUAAACAAAUAAGUUCACAAGAAAUUCAAAAUUUGUUGGGAAGUAAAACUUUAAAAUUUGAUUUAUUGAUCUUGGAGAUUUGCGGUGCGAGUCCGCUCCAUGCCUUUGCAGAGUAUUUCAAUAUUCCAGUUGUUGGAAUAACUUCGUCUGACGCAUUUUCAAUCCACCACGAAGUGAUGGGAAAUGAAGCUAAUCUAAUCUCACAUCCAGAUCGAAUGGCUAAAUUCACAUUUGCAAGAACAUUUCUGCAACGACUCAAAAGUUGUUUUUUAAAUAUUUUUCUCCGAUAUUUUGUGACUUUACAGCUUUCGGAAGAAUUUGACGAUGUCGUGAAAAAGAAUUUUCCAAAUGUCAACAAACCCUACACGGAGUUAAUAAGUAAUGUUGAUUUGUUGCUGGUCAACGCACAUCCUGCUUUAGGCUUCAUUCGACCGAUUCUUCCUAACACAAUUCAAUUAGGAUUCCUUCAUGUAAAACCACCGAAACCACUUCCAAAUGAUCUCAAAGAUAUUCUAGACAAAUCAAAGCAUGGAGUCAUUUAUAUAAGUUUUGGAACUGCUAUGACAUCAAGAAUGGCAGAAAGAUUUUUUGAGACAUUUCUGAGAGCAUUUGAUGGUUUGCCUUACGAUGUUUUAUGGAAAUUUGAGAAGGAAAACUUAAGUUCAACGCCAUCAAAUGUUCACAUAAGGAAAUGGUUUCCGCAAUCAGAUUUAUUGGCACAUCCAAAUGUUAAACUGUUCAUAACUCAUGGAGGUCAACAUUCAAUCGAAGAAGCAAUACUGCGACGAGUCCCGAUGAUUGUUUGUCCAUUCCAAGGUGAUCAGUUUGCUAAUGCCGAGCGAAUAGUUGAAAGAAAGAUCGCAAGACAAUUAAAUAUUCUGAAUUCAUUGGAUUCGGAUGAAAUUAAGCACGCUAUAAACGAAGUUAUCGUCGAUGAAAGUUUAAAGAUUAACGUUGAGAAACUAGCAAAACUCGUCGAAGAUGUUCCUGUGAAGUCUCCCGAAAAAGCUUUAUGGUAUAUUGAAUAUGUGAUACGGAAUAAAGGCGCCAAACAUUUGCGAUAUCCACAGAAAGAAAUUCCUUUUUAUCAGUACCAUUAUUAUGAUAUUUUCUUAUCUGUCAUUAUCACUUUCACACUCAUUCUUAUGGUUGUCGUUACACUUUUUAAGCUACUUAUAAAAUCAUUCAGCAAGAUAUUAGUAAUGGUCUCAAAUAAGUACAAGAAAGAUUAAAUCAAGACGAUAAAAUUCCGCAUAGUGAUGAAAUAUGGAUUUGAACAUUAACUUCGAUACUUUUAUUCCAUUUUAUUAUCAUUAAAAAUAAUUACAAACGCCAUAAAAAAAGUCAUUUUUAAUUGCACUCUUUCUAAUAUGUGCGUUGUUGUUCGACAAUAAAAAAGUCCACUUAUCGACAAAGUAUUAAAAAUGAUCAUAAGCGAAAUCAUUAAUGGAUAAUCACAUAUGUACAUGUGUUGCAUAGAAAAUAUUUACUUGCGAUAUUUAUGUAGUGAAAGUAUUUAAUAAAAG